AGACAAGUAUAUAAAUCCUAACUUUUAAAAUCCUGUCGUCAUAACGGGUAAAUAUUUUCAAGUGUUAUCUUAAAAAUAAAAAUAAUAAAUAAAUAGACCAGUGAAAAAUAAAAAUAUUGAAUGUUAAAAAAAUGAAGACAAUCAAUUUUUUUGUUACUUUAGUCGUACUCGUACUUCUUAAUUUAACUUCAGGACUUACUAUUCGUGUAGCUCGUCAAGUAGAAAAUCACCCGGAAGAAGUUCCAGAAAAUGAAAUUAUAGUCGAUGAACCUAUAGAACAUGUGCGUGUUCCCCGCCAAGUAGAUUUUCCACCAGAAGAACUUCCUGAGAAAAUUUCUGUCCCUCCAGAAUAUCCACGUGUCGCUCGUCAAGUCAAUCAUCCACCAGAGAUUCCAGAAGAAAAAGAAAAUGAUCAGUACAUCAAAAAACUUCUUUUUGAUUUAUAAUCUGCGUUGGCAAAUAAACCAACUGUAAAAAUUUUAAAAUAAAACUUUACUGAUUGUGA